GUUUUUCUCAAUCGGCAAAUAAUGGCUUCUUCUUCGCUCGUCAGGAGUUGCUCUCGUCGUGCCGUUAGAACCAUAGCCACCACCGCCCGGUUUAUGAGCAACGUACCGGAGAAUACCGUAUACGGAGGCCCCAAACCGCAAAACCCGAACCAGAGAGUCACUCUCACGCAGCUGAGGCAGAAACAUCGCAAAGGCGACCCGAUUACCGUCGUCACCGGUUACGAUUACCCUUCCGCCGUUCACAUCGACACGGCUGGGAUCGAUGUUUGUCUCGUCGGAGAUUCAGCUUCAAUGGUUGUUCAUGGCCAUGACACCACUCUUCCUAUCUCCUUAGAUGAGAUGCUUGUUCAUUGCCGCGCCGUUGCUCGUGGAGCCAAAAGGCCACUUCUUGUUGGUGAUUUGCCGUUUGGUACUUAUGAGUCCAGCACCAAUCAGGCGGUUGAUACUGCAGUUAGAGUGUUGAAAGAAGGAGGAAUGGAUGCUAUUAAACUUGAAGGAGGAUCACCUUCAAGGAUCACUGCUGCAAAAUCCAUUGUGGAAGCAGGGAUUGCUGUUAUGGGACAUGUUGGUUUGACUCCUCAAGCUAUUAGUGUUCUUGGUGGUUUCAGACCACAAGGGAGAAACAUAGCUAGUGCUGUUAAGGUUGUGGAAACUGCCAUGGCUUUACAAGAAGCUGGAUGUUUUUCGGUUGUGUUAGAAUGUGUUCCUCCCCCUGUGGCUGCUGCUGCAACCUCUGCUCUUAAUAUUCCAACCAUUGGCAUAGGAGCUGGCCCUUUCUGCAGUGGACAAGUUUUAGUCUACCAUGAUCUCCUUGGAAUGAUGCAGCAUCCACAUCAUGCUAAGGUGACUCCAAAGUUUUGCAAGCAGUACGCUCAAGUAGGUGAACUGAUCAACAAAGCACUGUUGGAGUAUAAGGAAGAAGUAACUAAACACUCGUUUCCAGGUCCUUCUCACAGCCCUUACAAGAUAUCCUCAAACGACCUGGAUGGAUUCUUAAGCGAGUUGCAAAAAAUGGGAUUAGAUAAAGCUGCUUCUGAUGCUGCUGCAUCAGCUGAAAAGAUGGAGUCUUCAGUUUCACUGUCUUCUCAGUGACAAAGCUCUAGAAAUCCUCUUAGCUUCCCAGGCUCUUCGUUUUGAGUUAGUUAAGACAUGGUUUGAAGAAAUAAAAGUCUCGUUAAUAGGACUUGUUAAGAGUUUUUGCUGGAUAGCAUUUGAUGUGAUAAGAAGAGUUGUAUUUUCAGAAUUCAGUUCAGGGUAAUAUCAACGACUGGUAAGUAAAAUAAGAUAGUUUUAUCUG